GCGGUUGGAGCUGGGCAGGCACUCCUGAGGUUGUUACAGUUUAGUGGACUUCUGCACGAGAAUCCCAAGAGACUGCAGCUGUCGCAUUGGGAAGAGCUCAUCAAGGACUACUUUUUACCGACUGCCACGCUCAAGCUCACGCUCUGGAAAGACAACCAGCAGGCCGAGGCCAAGAUCUUUGAAAUCGGCACGCCGAUUCUCCCUCGGUUCUUCCUCGUCACCUCCCAAUCCGGCGUCAAAUCCAUGACCCUCUCCCUCGACGGUGCCCGUGAACGCCUCUACGCCGCAAACCACGCCGUCGUCGAAUGCGUCGGCGCCAUCUGGACGUACAAGUACACGAACGGAUACACCGUCACCCUUCGUGGCCCUCUCACCGCCCACGUCCUCGUC